AUAAGGAUCGUCUGAUUAUGGACACCGGGGUGGUGUACAUUACAAGUCUUGAAGAGGAGGACCGAUUGUUGCUUGUCCCAGUGAGUAUGAAGUCUAAGGUUAUGGAACUAAGCCAUGACAUACCCGUGUCAGGUCAUCAGGGAACCGCUAGGACACUCUUGCGAGUUAAAGAAAGGUUUUUUUGGUAUAAGAUGGGACGGGAUAUCCGUAGGUAUGUGGAGUCUUGUGGGGUUUGCAACCGGAGUAAAAAAUCGACCCGCCUGGGAAGGGGGGAAAUGGUCCCUUUUCAUGCAGGGGCAGUGAUGGAGCAAUCUGUUUUCGAACCUAUGUGAAAUGCUUAAAAUCCACAAAGCAAGAACCACUCCGUAUCGCCCAUCCGCCAAAGGUCAGGUGGAACGCUAUAACCGAACACUUAUGGAUGCAGUGAGGUGUUUCACAGGGCAGGCACAAAAUAGGUGGGAUGAGUUCUUGCCGCAGAUAGCGGCAGCUAUGCGUUCCUCAGUUAAUAGGGCCACAGGGUAUACGCCCAAUAAGCUUAUGUUGGGGCGGGAGGUGAACACCCCAGCGCAUCUCAUGUUCCAGGUUCCCGCUGGGUCAGGGAUCAAGGAGGGGGAUGAGGAUUCAUACAUAUCCCAGUUAAUGCUUCAGACUAAUGAAGCUCACUGCAUAGCACGUGAACGUCUCAAAACGUAUCAGAAGCGCCUAAAGCGCGAUUAUGAUUUGCGCCUCGCAGAACGCACAUAUAAUGUUGGGGAUGCAGUGUAUAUUCUUGACACGGCAGCCACUAAAGGUAAAUGUAGGAAGUUGGUGAACCCGUGGAAGGGGCCAGGAGUUGUUGUCCGGGCUCUAUCCAAAUCCAUUUUUAGGGUAAAGGUAAAGAAUGCCAUCUUCACCGCUAAUCAUGACCGGAUGAAGUUGUGCAAAGAUCGGGAGUUACCGAAAUGGGUUCUGGAAUUCCAAGAAAAGGGGGAAGAUCUCAUUGGCAUGCCUCAGACCAAUGAGGCUGGUAGGGAGGAAAUUUAUUGUAUCUGCCGGAAGCCAUGGUCUGGCAGGUUUAUGAUAAUGUGCGAUUUCUGUGAUACUUGGUAUCAUUGGUCUUGUGUGAAUAUCUCGCCCACAGAGGCACUUGAUAUCCGUAAAUACAAGUGUUUGCGUUGUCAGGAGGGAUUCGGGGAGGGGGCCCUGAAGCAGUGAUUGGAAUGGAUAGAUCAUUCCGGAUUGCGGGGGAAAAAUACUCCCCUGUUAAACCAUGUUUAGGAGGGUAAAAUGACACCCUUUUACCUUGUUUCAGACUACCAUGAGAAGAUAUCCACGGGGAAGAGUCAGCAUGGCCCGCUCCGGCUAUGUAGUGGAUGAGUUUACGUUCAUGCAAGACCCAGACAUCGAGCUGGUGGACCCCAGGGGUGGAUCCCUAUCCUCAUCCAAGCUGGGAAGUCCCUUGACUUUGAUAAUGGUGGGGAAGUAUACGGCCCUGGUAGAAGGUGCGCAGUCCACCUGUCCAGUAGACUCUGAGACUGGUAUUCCCUCUUUCAGCCUACCAGAAAUGAGCGACUCGGGGGAGAGUGAAACCUCACUCAACUCCUUUGAGAAGCCUAGGUUAACCUUGACCCGAGAGGGUUUCCAGUUAGGGGGGAGGUCUGGGACCGAAGCUGCUUCUGGCAGUAUUAGAAGGGUGCCGAAGAGGCAACGCUCCUUGGAACCUUCUUUGGUUCCCCCUAAAGAAAGCCAGGUUUAUGGGGAUGCAACUCAGGUUGUACGUCCUAAGGCAAGCUCUGUGCCUAACCCAGCCAAGAACCCUUCUCAAGGAGCUCCUUGGGAAGGAGCCCGUCCUAAAACCCAGGGAAGUGUCCGGAAACGAUUGUGCCCAGUCCGCAAUUGUGAGGCUCGGGCUGCGGACAUGAAGACCCAUGUCCGGAGGUCACAUUUGCCCGUCUCGUUCCAUUCGGGGGCUGGGAACCCCACUAUCCUCAGGGAACGGGGGCGACUAGUCCAGUGGUUGGCCAGUCGGGUGAUGGCACCAUUCCUCGCUUGAUCCACUUGAUCAAUCAGGAGGGAGUUCCUAAUCUAGAGCAGGGAUUUCAAUCCGACCAGAUUGCCAAUAUGUCGUUGUUCGCACGGGUCAAUGGGCGGAGGGCUGAACUGGUGCCCAGCCUCAGACCCAUCCGGUCUCCUAUGGUCCUAGGGGAUUGGAGGUGUUUGGCAGUGGCGGUUAACUUGCUAUCCGCCGCACCCAUAUCCCCGGAAGUGAAGGCCAAAAACCCAGAAGCACAGCCGGAAGGGGCAAACUUGCCUGGGAGGGUAACCGAGGAAGGAGUGUGGGUGGUAGAUACCCAUUUUCAUCUUGAUCGUCUGACCAGGGAAUUGGGGCUCUCUAUCACUGCCCCAUAUGGGGAUAUUAUUAGGGGCGUGGGACCGGCGCCCGCAGGUCAAUCGGUAGGGAUUAAGGGAGUGGUCACUUCCUUCUGCGACCCCCAGUUCUUUCCCUCGUUAAUGGGGGUGGAAGAGCUGAUAACCAGGGAGGUGUAUACAACAGUGGGGGUACAUCCAAAAUCAGUGCCCUCAGUGACCAGGCAGGAGCGGGAACUUAUGUUCCAGCUCUGGGACUCUCGUCGCCUGGUGGGUUAUGGGGAGGUGGGUCUAGAUAGGACCACUCACCCUUAUGAGAGGGUGGCUCAAGAGGAGUUCCUCCAGGAGUUACUGAGAUGGGUACCUCCUGAGGGGGUUCUGGUCCUUCAUGCCCGGGGUGUCCCCUGGGAUAGGCUCAAUAUGCAGCCGAUCUUGAGGCUCCUGUCACUGUGUCAGGCGUCUGGAAUCCCUAGCAUGCAGUACAUUCAACUGCAUUGCUUCCAGGGGUCCACUGAUCUAGUCAACCGGUGGAGGGAAGCGUUUCCCAACACUUUCUUUAGUGUGAAUAACGGGGUGGGAAGUUUUGACACAGACCAGUUGGCUGGUCUGAAAAGUGUCCCCUCCGAUAGGUUAAUCUUGGAGACGGAUGGCCCGCAUUUCGCUCCCCGCGGGUAUUCCCACUUUAUUUUUGGAAGUUAUGAAUAUUUCCCACCUGGAUUAUGUUAAAUUUGCAGUUGCACUUUAUUUUUGGGAGUGAUGUGUAUUUCACACCUGGAUUAUGUUAAUUUUACUAUCUGCUGUAUUACCCAUUCUAUGGGACUUUACCUGUGGGGCGGUUAGGGAGUAACAAUUAUGUCCCACCUGGAUGUUGGUCCUCAACAAACCCGUUCGUUCUUUGUCCCUAUGUGCUCGUGCUUGAACCUCCUCUUUGAGGGUGGUUUGGGGAGUUUCACUCAUUCCCUAAUGGUCAUGUAUCCACUCACCCCAGAUUAGUGGCCAAACUUGGUCAGAUUAGUUAGAGGCAAUUUCGCCUUCCCCUAGGUUAACAGGUUUCAGUCUUCGCUGUCCAACCCUAUAGACCAGGUUUAGCGCCUUCUGUUAGCCCCACCCCUGGGGAGACCCAAAGAUUCUACCCUGGGGACCUGGUUUAUAAGAAAGGGAGGAGUGUAGUGAAUAGUGGUCUGAGACCGGUGCAGAGUAGAGGGCGCUAGUGAGGUCAGGCAAGGUCACGAGCGGGAUCAGCCAAUGGGGAGCAUUCUAGAAGUUCAAGCUAUCUUGUUGAGACGCCAUUUUGCUGUUCAUCUAUAUUUCCAUAGAAAUCUGCUUGCAUCCUGAUUCUCAUCGGCUAGUUCCAGAAGCGGGUUAUGAUGCUUCUUCUAGAUAUUAGGAGCCAAGUGAAGGAUCUUAAAACCAAAGUGAAUGGUGCAAACCACCCCAGUAGUUCAACUGCUGAUAAUGAUUUUGAAAUGCCUUUAAAGGCAAACACUAGGGUAGUUAAAGGACAUAGAAACUGUCUUGAAAUCUGCAGAAAAAAAGAGGACAAAUGAUGGAAAAACUGUCUGCAAUGGGAGGUGUUAGUCUAAGAGAUGGUGUGAAGCGUAUGAUGGAAAGAUUCCGAUAGAAACAACAGGGGCAAUGAACAUACCUGAAGGCUACCAACCCCUGGCGCCAGGUGCCAAAAUUGCUGUAAGGUCAUUGUGGUUACACGAUAUCCUCGCAACAAUCGGCAGGUCACAGGACAGGCAGGCAAAGAGAAGGAAGCAGAUGAAAUCCAGAUCCCAUGGAGACCAAUUGUCUGAAACAAUUAAGUUGAUGGUCUCUUUUUUAUGAUCUAUGGGAUCUGGCAGUUUCAGGAGGGACCGCCCAGUUUGAGGGAGACCCAGAGUAUCAGUCCUUGAAAUUGUAUGCCACACAUGUCUUGGAUAUGAGCGAAGUUGGUUUUAAAAGAGCCUGGAAUACUAAAAUGACAUAUUGUAGAAACGGCUCAGCUACCAAGAGGCAACAAGAAAUUUAAAAUUUUGAAAAAUGAAGACUGAAAAAGACAGUUUAUACUGAAAAUAAGAAACUAGAACUUUCACUCAUAUUUUUAGCUAAUUUUCAAAGAAAAAGGAGAGCUACUGCACUCGCCCCAGCGUCAGCAUGUCUGUUGGUUAAAGUUUUUGAUAAAAUCAAAUAUCUGUUGUUACUAUCAAAGCUAAUGACUUGAAACUUAAAAUGUAUAGUUAUUAACUAUCAAAGUCUACACCAGGAGAAACAAUCCCCCUAACUCUGUUUUAAUUUUGACAGAGUCAUGCCCCUUUUUUAUUAGAAUAUUUUGGUUAAAGUUUUUACUGGCAAAGCUCUGAUUCAGAGUCAAGCACUGACAAAAGUCGAGUGCGCUAUCUUAUGAACAGCUCUUGUUGAAAAUGUGUUUCAAAGUGGUUUAGAUUAUUACUUUAUUCUGUAGACUUGGAACAUAGAAACAACUUAAAUAUCAAUUACAAAAUGUAAAAAGAUUUUUAUUUCACAGAAACAUCUGAGUAUCC